AUGGUCAUCAGUUCCACUGCCAUCGCGGCAUCGAUCUCACGCCCGCCCUUGGACCCCUUACUUCGACGAGAAAGCUUCGCGGGCGCGCCCACAGUGACGGGCCCCUCAACGGCAGCUCGGCCCGAAGUUGUGCCGGGGUCGGCCUCGUAUCCAGGCGCCUAUAUCAACUCCACCUCGGAACCUCAUCAAAUUUACCGACGCCAAUCCACUUUGAACUCGUUCCCUACAUUGCCUUCGAGAUUUGAAUCGGACUUACCUUCGCGUCGAACGCAGUCCAUGUCCGGCCCGUCCGGUGGACUCCGCCCAGGUUCUUCGAUGACAACCUCCGCGACCUCCGCGCAGGUCUAUGCUCGGUUGUACGAGACGUUGGUGGAAAAGUGGGCCGAACGUGCGAGGUCGAUCGCUGCUAGCUCCCCUCGUGACCAGGCCGACCAACGGCUACCAAGCGUCGAAAGUGAGAACUCGCCAACGAGGAAACGCCGCCAAGAGGAGGAGGAUAUCGUCGACAGCGACUCGACAGUGGAGGCGAGUUCUUCAGCAAAGAAGGCACGACUUGAGGAAGAGGAAGAAAAUUUGGAUGCGAUCAAGGAGGGCGAAGAGGAGAUGAUUAUGGGCGGGGCCUCGGGCCAACCGAAGGCAGAAGUUCAAGAGCGACCCUGCUCCGCACCACCACUGUUGCCCUCCCCCAUGACGCGGUCAAAGACGAAGCUCGCCAACUCUGCUGCACCGGACGACGCUUUAAGAAGGUCCAUCUCACCUCUGGGUAAAUCCCACAAGCUUGCACCCCGCCGAGCUGCGUCACCACUCGUUCUCUGCCGUCGCAUCAUCGCUUCUCGUCGUGACUCCGCAACAGGGGUUAAGUCCACGCGGCACCAGCCCGUGGUCGAAGGUCCUCGCCACUGCACUAGCACAAUACCUUGUCGCUCUGAGGCACUCCUGGGUGUUCUCAAGAGCUUCGAGCUUGUCUUGCAGACUCGUGCCCAAGGAUGGAGGUUGCUAGCUGUUGAAGGGGACAAGAUUGAGCUGCGCCGAGGGGGACCGUGA